UUCUCUUCCCAACUCCAUCGUCUUCGCCUUUCACGAUGUCCACACCGGUACCGCUGAAGAUCAACAUCGUGGGCGCGGGUCUCGUGGGGCUGUCAGCUGCGCUCGCCUUGAGACAACAGGGGCAUGACGUGCAGGUCUUCGAAGCCGCCGCACGGCUCGCGCCGCUAGGCGCCGUCAUCAUCAUCCCGCCCAACGCGACGCGCGUGUUCGAGCGCUUGGGCUUCGACGUCGAGGAAGCGUGUCGGCCGUUGAGGUAUGAGGGGAGCGUGGCGUACAAGAGCACUGGGGAGAAGUUGGGGGAGUUCAAUUCAAAGUAUGAGAGGCCAUCAUGGAGCGUCCAUAGGCAUGAUUUGCACACCGCACUGUACGAACGUGCUGUGAGUGCGAAGGGGCCGGGGAGACCCGUGACCGUACACCUCGGUGCGCGCGUCACGACGUGCGAUCCAGAGGCCGGUUCGCUAGUCACGGAGGACGGGACGACGCACACGGCGGACCUGCUCAUUGGUGCUGACGGUAUAAAGUCCUCUAUACGCACCCACGUCCUCGGGUACCCUCUAGGGGCACCCGCCAGCAAGCGCGCUGCGUUCCGUGCACUGAUACCGACAGACGGGAUCAAGGACGAGCUGGAUUGGCUCUUCGCGGAUGGCCCGCGGGGGAUGCGCGCGGCUUUUGGCCCGGAGCGGCGCACGCUUCUCUUCACGCCCGUUCGGAACGAGGAACUUGUGAGCGUGUACGGUGUGCACGGGGACGAGCGCGAUCAGGAUGCUGUUGGCUGGAACGUCCCAUCAAGCAAGGAAGCUUUGCUUGAGAAAUACGCAAACUUCGACGCGAAGUUCAAGAAGCUGUUGACGCGUGCGGACGAGGUCAAGCUGUGGCAGAUGCGCGCGCUCCCGUGGCAUAUCGAGACCUGGAUCCGGGGGCGCACAUGCAUAGCGGGAGACGCCGCGCAUGCCACUCUUGCUACUCUCGGCCAGGGUUUCGCCAUUGGUCUGGAAGACGUAGGGGCGCUAGCCUUCCUCCUUCCGGCAGGAACUCGCCCGGAGGACGUGGAGGGCCGGCUUCGGGUUUUCCAAGACGUUAGGAAGGCGCGCGCCGAAUUUGUGGCACGCGAGUCGAUUGAGCAGGCGAGCAUCCCGGAGAAACAGGGCCUCUUUAUGCGCUCGGAGGAGAUGCGCGCGCAGGUGUGGGGGUACGACGCUUGCAGUGUGGCAGAGGCGCGGUCGAAAGAGAUUCUGGAAGGGGCUUCUUGAAUGGUGGUUUGUAAUUCUACUGACCGGGACCCUCCAUACGUUCUGAUGCUUGCAUGAUGAGCAAAGGCAAGAACAGAAGAGAAAGAACGGUGGGGCGGAAGGAAUGGAAGUUUGUCGUUGGGACGUUGUAGAACGUCCUCCGAGCCGCCGACGCUCCUCUUCGCCAAGACGAUGGUGGCGCGUAGCUGCGCGACGAGCACAAGACGCAGGCCGAUGGAUGUGGCGCAUUUGUAGACGUGAACGCAUGACGGAGGGCAUAUGGUAGAGACGCUACAAAUAUCUACAAAUCUUGCUACAAAUGCGCCGCUUCUGUUGGUAGCAAGCCCUGAUCAAAUGCUAUCGCGUCGAGGAUGGACUGGUCGCGACCGCUGUGUGCCUUUACACGUGCGGCGUUUGUUCCGUCAGGCGUUUUG